AUUGGGGUUUGUGUAGAUGUAGACGCCAUUGUAACGCCCCCUCUGCUGUGUCUCUUGCAGCCUGGGAAGGACAGUAAGCUCCUGCCCAUCCUGGUGGCGGUCCGCUUGGUCUUCCUACCCCUCUUCAUGCUGUGUAAUGUGAUACCCCGCACCUACCUGCCCAUCUACUUGGCACACGACGCCUGGUACAUCGUCAUCAUGGUGUUCUUUGCGGUUUCCAAUGGCUACCUGGCCAGUCUGUGCAUGUGCUUUGGCCCCAAGAACGUGAACGUCCACGAGGCUGAGACUGCUGGCGCCAUCAUGGCGUUCUUCCUGUCGCUGGGUCUGGCACUCGGAGCUGGAUUCUCCUUUUUGCUGAGGAUCCUGGUCUGAGGUGUCGCCCCCUGCGGUCGGGCGGAGUCCACUGCUACCUCGCAUGUCGUCAGCGCACAUCAUGUGACUGAUGAAGAAUCUUCUCUCCGCGCCGCGGCCCCUUAUAUAACGUUGACUGUAUCCGCUGCUGCUUUUUUUGUUCAUUGUCAUCGCUCUACCAAAGGAAGUGCAUAUCGUGCUGUGGGGCCCCGGACUGCGCAGUGGGGCCCCGGACUCCACAGGAGUGUAACGCCCAUCAUAGCCUCCGCAGCACCAGGAGACAUGGCCGGGCUCAUAUUAUGAUGAUUAUUAUUAUUAUUUUAUGUAUCUUUGUAUAAAUAGUUCAGUAACCCCGCCCCCGAGGAGCAUUUACAGGGGGAGGGGCUGCGUCCUGCAAAUCUUAUUAAUAGGUUUUGUAUUUCAUAGUAAAAUAUACAUCUUUUACAUUUUGUUUCUGUUGCGAAAGAAAGUUGAA